AUGAAGUGCUUUGCCUGGAAUGUACGAGGCCUGAAUGGCGAUACCAGGAAAUUAACGGUUAAAAGAUGGUUUUUGGCGAAUCGACCUCUUAUUGGAGGACUUUUGGAAACACAUUUGCAGCAGGAAAAUUUGGCCUUCUCAAUCAGUCAUCUCUUUCCCGGUUGGAGGUACGAUAGUAAUCACUCCCCGGAAGCGGAAAACGGGCUGAUUGUAGUGGUUUGGGAUCCUAUUCUCUCAGUUGUCACGUAUCUGAAGACCCCUAAGAUUAUUCUGAUUGGAGUUUUUAACCCUGUUUCGAAUCAAUCCUUCACCAUUGCUUUCAUAUAUGCAAAAAAUACAAGAGAGGAAAGAGUUAUAUUAUGGGAUCUGCUAAGGGAGUUGUCAGCUUCCUCUCUAGUUUCGUCUUCUCCUUGGUUGGCGAUGGGGGAUUUUAAUCAAAUUCUCUCUAUCUCUGAAGCUUAUUCGUUGGUCCCUGUUAAUUUAUCCUUGGAAGGAAUGAUGGAAUUUCAGGAUUGUCUUGAAUCAUGCCAUCUUUUUGAUCUGUCUUCCAGGGGGUGUUUCUACACUUGGGAUAACAAAUCUCUAACCAACCCUAAGGCUAGGAAAUUGGAUAGGGCCUUAAUCAAUGAGGCCUGGCAGGAUGAGUUCCCCAACUCUAAUGCCCUCUUCGAUGCCCCAGGAAGUUCCGAUCACUCUCCCUGCCUGGUAUCUCUUUCUUCUGAAGUAUUGAGAAGAAAGUCUAGAUUCAACUUUUUUGUGUUCUUUACUCUUCAUCCAGAAUAUCGAAGGUUAAUGGAUGAAGCUUGGAGUUCAGUAGACAUUUCUGGAGGUUCCAUGUUUAUGCUUUACAAGAGGCUUCGAGAAACUAAGCUCUGUUGCAAAGGUUUAAACCGUUCUGAGUUUAGCAAUAUUCAAGCAAGAUCACAAGAAGCUUUCGAUAAGUUGGAAGCUAUUCAAAGAGAACUUCUUACGGAGCCUUCUCAGGGUUUAUUUCAGCAGGAAGCAGAAGCUAGAAAGACUUGGGUUUUAUUUUCCGCUGCCGAGGAAUCUUUUUUCAAGCAAAAGUCAAGAGUAAGAUGGCUUAAAGAAGGAGACUCCAAUACGGGGUACUUUCACAGAUCUGUCAAGGCAAAUCUAUCCAGGAACAUUAUUCAUCACUUGAGGGAUAGUAAUGGAGUGAAGGUUUCAAAUACGGACCAGUUAAAAUCAAUGGCUGUGGAUUAUUUUCGGAAUCUUUUGGGAUCCCCAAAUACAGCGGUUCAGCCCUUCUCGAUAGAACAGAUUCAGGAGCUUCAUCCGUUUCAAUGCGGAGAAGAAAUGACUCAGCUGUUAUCCGCCAUUCCUACUUCUGAGGAGAUUAUAAAGGCUUUGUUUAGCCUCCCAAAAAAUAAGGCCCCGGGACCUGAUGGUUUUACGAUGGAGUUCUUUACCUCCUCUUGGGAGCUGGUGGGUAAUGAUCUGGUCGCGGCUGUCAAAACCUUCUUUACGGACUCCGUUAUGCUUAGGCAAGUUAAUUCUACAGUCAUUUCCCUGAUACCGAAAGUUCCGGGGGCUGAUACUCUGAGUAGCUUCAGACCUAUAUCUCUGUGUAAUACGGUCUACAAAGUGAUAUCUCGCAUCCUUUCGUCGAGACUGAAGAUCUUGACUCCGGAGGUUGUUCAAAGGAAUCAAGUGGGUUUCGUUAAUGGAAGACUUCUUUGUGAGAAUGUGCUUCUAGCUUCAGAGUUAGUCAGAGAUUUUAAUAGCGAAGGAAUUACAUCCCGAGGCUGCUUGCAGAUAGAUAUAUCCAAGGCGUAUGAUAAUGUUGAUUGGCGUUUUGUGUUGGCUAUUUUGGAAGCUCUCCACCUCCCUCCAGUUUUUAUCAAGUGGAUAACACUCUGUAUUUCGACACCUUACUACUCAAUUUCCGUGAAUGGUGAGUUGGCAGGGUUUUUCCAAGGGAAGAAAGGCUUAAGACAAGGGGACCCUAUCUCAUCCUCUCUCUUUGUUCUAUCCAUGGACAUUCUCUCCAAAUUACUGGACAAGGCAGUUUCGAAUGGAUCAAUCCGUCCACAUCCGCUUUGUGAAGAUCCGCUUAUCACACAUCUCAGCUUUGCUGACGACGUGUUAAUCUUUUUUGAUGGCUCGGAGGAUUCUCUCAGGGGCAUUCUUCAGGUGCUUAAGGUUUUUGAAGGAACUUCAGGGUUAGCCUUGAGUCUUCAGAAAUCAUGCCUUUUCCUGGAUGGAAAUAACCAAGAACUUACUCUGAAUUUGGCAUCUAGUUUGGGGUUAGUUCAUGGAGCCUUACCAGUCCGGUAUUUGGGACUUCCCCUAAUGCCUCACAAAUUGAGACCGGUGGAUUAUCAGCGUCUCAUUGACAGGGUGCGGUCAAGGAUUUGUUCUUGGACAGCGAGACGUUUGUCGUUUGCAGGCAGGUUGCAAUUAAUUCAAUCAGUGAUCUAUGGUAUUAUUAGCUUCUGGUCAGCUGCAUUCCCCCUCCCAAAGAAGUGCUUACACAAGCUAGAACAGAUGUGUAACGCCUUCCUUUGGAACGGAGUUCCAGAUUCAGCCAGAGGUGCGCGAGUUUCCUGGGCUUCAGUUUGUUCUCCGAAGAGUGCAGGAGGUCUUGGUUUGCGUCGUUUGGAGGAUAUGAACCAAGUUUUUGGUUUAAAGCUAAUUUGGAUGCUUUUUGCAUCAAAUGGUUCUCUUUGGGUGGCUUGGGCCCAUAAAUAUGUCUUGAGGGGAAAGUUGUUUUGGUCUCCCUCUCUCCGAGUAAAUGGAAGCUGGAUUUGGAGAAGUCUGCUGAAGCUUCGUGAGGUUGCAAGGCCUCAUCUCUUCUGCAAAGUCAACUCAGGGAACUUGGCCCUCUUUUGGUACGACAAUUGGUCGGGUUUAGGUCCCUUGGUCGAUCUGACGGGAGCUAAUGGACCUCGGGUCACAGGAAUACAACGUUUGGCAACGGUAAGGCAGGCUUGUCACAACGAUUCUUGGGCUCUGACUGGUGGAAGACAUCCCAUCCUUAGACUGCUGAAGGAUUGCCUUCCAUCAGAUGUUCCCUCUUCUCUAAAUGAUAUUAGGGAUGUGUUUUUAUGGAAAAAUUCACCAGCUGAUCCUCCGGGCGAAUUUUCUUCUUCAAAAACGUGGGACUUCCUUCAUCCGGCAGGCCCCAAUCUUAAUUGGACCAAACAGCUUUGGUUCAAGGAAAGGAUCCCUAAAUAUGCAUUUAUUAUGUGGAUUGUCAUGAGGGAUCGACUUCUUACGCGAGAUAAACUAAGGUCAUGGGGACUAGAGGUUCCUUCAGUUUGUCUCCUCUAUAAUUCAUUCCCGGAAACGAAAGCUCAUUUGAUUAUGGAAUGCAUUUUCUCCAAAGAGGUUUGGAUGGCUUUUUUCCAGAAUAGUGGGUUUGUUAUUCCAAAUUCUAUAGAGGAGGUUCUCCAAUGGACCAUCUCGUCUUCGUCACAGUCAAAGGUAAACAUAAUUUGUAAGCUCCUGGUUCAGGCAAUUGUCUAUAGCCUUUGGAGAGAAAGAAAUGCAAGAUUGCAUACUUCUGUUGCUAGACCGGUCCAUGUUUUGGUUAAGGACAUUCAACUCCUCUUGAGAGCAAAGCUGUUUAGUCUGGAUCGGUCCAUUUCCUCUGUGAUCAUUCACACAUCUUCUCGCCCUGCUAGUCGAGAGGACUCUUUUUUGAUCAAUUGGUUCAGAUUAUUUCAAGUUUAA